CGACCUCUUCCCUUUUGUCGCCCUGCCUGCGCUGGCGGGCCAUUUUCCGCCGGCGUCCGAGCCCCGCGUGCUCCUCUUCCCCUGCUGUCACCGUCGAGAUGCUGCGCUGCGGCCUGGCCUGCGAGCGCUGCAGGUGGAUCCUGCCCCUGCUCCUGCUCAGUGCCAUCGCCUUCGACAUCAUCGCGCUAGCCGGCCGCGGCUGGCUGCAGUCGAGCGACCACAUCCAGACGUCGUCGUUAUGGUGGCGAUGCUCUCACGAGGGGGGCGGCAGCGGGUCCCCCGCGGAUGGCUGCGAGAGCCUAAUGAAGUACGCGUGGGGAAGGGCAGCCGCCGCCAUGCUCUUCUGUGGCUUUAUCAUCUUGGUGAUCUGUUUCAUCCUCUCCUUCUUCGCCCUCUGUGGACCCCAAAUGCUUGUGUUCCUGAGAGUGAUUGGAGGCCUCCUGGCCCUGGCUGCUGUGUUCCAGAUCAUCUCCCUGGUCAUUUACCCCGUGAAGUACACCCAGACUUUCAACCUUCACCUCAACCCUGCAGUCACUUACAUCUAUAACUGGGCCUACGGCUUUGGGUGGGCAGCCACGAUUAUCCUCAUUGGCUGUUCCUUCUUCUUCUGUUGCCUCCCCAACUACGAAGACGACCUCUUGGGCAAUGCCAAGCCCAGGUAUUUCUACUCAUCUGCCUAAGAAGGGGAAGGAGCUGCUGCCAGCAUGGAACUUUGUUCUUCAGGAUAUUUUGAACCUUUUUCUGGGGGCAGUGUUCAUAUCAUUAGAUUAGUCAAAAUGCUAAAAUAAUUUGGGAGAAAAUUUUUCUUAAAUGGUGUUAUAGUUUUAUAUUCACCUUGUAUACAUGUUUUAUAGAGUUAAACGAAACUUACUUCUUUUUCUUACCUAUAAUACGCCAUAUUUCCUUAAUAUCUUUUUUUAUCCCAUUUAUACUGCAUGUAUAAAAUAAUCUGAAUAUGAAAUUUAUACCAUCAUAAGGUGAAAAUGAGAAGGCUUCAAAGAUUUCAAUGACUUGACCAAGUGUGUGUUUUUCCCAGAUUAAAUGGACUGGGUCUAUUAUGGGAUCAGGAGAAGAUAGAAAUGUUGGUAAAAUUGUCAAUGACCAAAUAUUCUUAAAAAAUGCAAAAAAUAUUUUGUCCAGCCUUCAGCUAAAGAAGUAAAAAAGUUUCCUAAAUGCAUACCAUCUCUGAUAAUUUCUACUAACUGUCCUGAAUAAUUGAUUUUUUUUUGCUAAGCUUUACAUUAACUUGAUAUGUCAUUUAGGCAAGUAUUCUUUCAUGGCCAAAACCUGUUGCAGUAGUAAUGCCUCCUUAUGUAGGGGAAUGCUGAAAUGAAAUUUUCUCUUUUAAAGUGGUUUGUAGGGUUGGGGUGUGGGAAAAUGAUAUAUUAAUUUGGACUGUUUGGUGUCUAUGUGUUAAAGACCAGAGUAGAUUGAGUUGAAAGAUGGACUGGGUCUAAUGCAUCAUGACUGAUCGAUAUGAUUAGGUUGUGCAAUAAAGUAUUAGGAAGGCCAUUCCUAUUACAAAAAUAACAUUAAAACAACCUAAAGAGAAGAAAUGGCUUAAAUUUUUCAUCUCAGUUGACUGAGCUCUAGUCCUUAGACACAACUUCUGAUAGACUGCAACUGUAAGCAAAAAUGUAAAUGUAGUUAAAAACCUGGUCUUCCUUGGUAAACAGAUUUAAAACAUCUGGUGUGAAACAUGUAACAGGAGAAUUCAGGGAUAUGAGAUCUCUGAAUGGGAAAUACCUAUAUAUCACAUGAUUAUUUUUUUUACAAUUUGUAUUUAACAUAAUAAAAACCAAUUUACUUAUCAAAUUAUUAUUUUGUAAGUUGCAGGAUAAGCAAUUGCAGUUUUUAUUAUGAAUUUUUCCCAAUAAACCAGAUGUUCUAAUCUUG